UCUGUGGUCCAGUCGAAGCCAACUUUUAGAGUUCGCUUUCUUUCACGUAUACCGUUUUUAAUGCAUCGGAGUAUGUAGCUGUAAUUAUAUGGAGCAAUCAAAACGAAAACCGCACUAUGUGGCGAAAAGUUUACUUAAGUUAACUUACAAUUUUUUGAGCAUAAGCAAAACAAAUUUAUCUUAGAAAGUCUUGUUUGUAAAAAUAAUGGAGUACUUUACCGUCUUGCAGUACUUUUUCUGAAGAAAUCAGCGGCAAUCGUUGGGGUUCUAAUAGGUUAGGUUAGUGGCACUAUUAUUGUUUUUAAAACGGAGUGUCUACUAUAUUGAUCUACCGGCCAUCUAAUGUUGCUACAUCCCCGGCAAAUCGGUGCUCGGUAAGCAUAUUUUGAAACACAGGACGCUAGGGGCAUACGGGAAAAAAGUGCCGUGUGAUUGGUCAGGUGAUUUAUGGGCGUUGCGUUCGUUUUAAAUAUUCUAGAAGAAUAUUCUAACCUCAAAUUCAAUGAUUGUUGAUUUUGGCGUUUGAUGAAGAUUGAUCGUUAUUCGUUUGAUUAUUUGAUUAUUAUUGCUAGUCGUUUGAUCGUUUCGUUGUUGUUGGGUUGUCUUUGAGAUGGAUAUCUUAAAAUUUAGUGAGGAAAAUGGCUAUGAAUGUCGUGUACAAGCUGAAAAUGAAAAAAAGAAGGAAAUAAUUAUGCGUAUUAACUUAACCACUCCACAAGAUGCUGAUAAAUAUCUAUCAGCAUACAAAUUGUAUUCAGGGACAAACUGGAUUCGAAAUGGGGAGUUAAAAGAUCCGCAAAGAGUUGUGUAUCAUAAAUAUUAUGUGUGCCAACAUAGUUCAAUAAAUAAGAAAAAAAGUUAUACCAAGACUGAAAUGAAUACAGGAUGUGUUGCAACAAUAGAUGUUAAAAUUAAAAAAAAUACAACUAAAACAAAAAGAAAUGAUGAAUAUCUAAAGUUAGAUAUUCCUUUAUGUGGUAUUAUAAAUUUUAAUUUAAAUCAUAACCAUAAUCUUGGCACAAGUGGUAGUUUGAAAUUUAUGAAGCUUUCUGAAGAGACUAAAAAGAUGUUUGAAGGAUAUUUUGAGAAUGGAAUGAGCCCUGCCGAAGCAAGAAGAUACCAUGAAAGUUUGUUAUUAUUGGAUGAAAAAGGUUGGAAAAAAAUGGCAGAUGCCUCUCUAAAUCCAACUAAAAAUGCACUUUAUUACCUUCAUAAAAAAUGGACUUUAAGGCAUUUUGGACAGGUAUUUGAGCCAAUACCAAAACUUCAAGAAAAAAAAAAAGUUUUAUCAUCAAUCAGGAAUAAAUAUUGAAAUUGCAACAGACCCAUGGGCAGUAUUGGUAGUUACGCCAAUCAUGAAAAGAGCACAGGAAUUGCAGUCCUCCAAGGAACUGAUAUUUUGCGACAGUACAUCAAGUUGCGACACCAGUGAGACCACAGUUACUGUGUUACUAACAGCUACAAAAGCUGGUGCCAUUCCCAUUGCGAUACUUUUGCAUGAUGGGCAAACUACUGAAAGUUAUGAACAAGCCUAUGGAUUGCUAAAGCGGACAUUUCCAAACUCUUUUGGAGGGAAUUCUGAGCCUAUAUGUUUUAUGACAGACGACUCCAAAGCUGAAAAGACAGCUCUUAAAAAUACAUUUCCAAAUUCUACUCAGCUACUGUGUUUUUUUCACGUGCUUCAAAAAGAAUGGCGAUGGCUUUGUGAAAAUAAAAAUAAGAUUUCCAUUGAAAAGGGUCAAAUCUUAAUGCAUUUGUUUCGUAAGAUUAUGUAUUCUGAAAGUAAUGAAGAUCUAAAUGAACACAUGUUAAAGCUGCAGCAAGAAGCGGAGGAUUGUCCAAAUUUUUGGGCAAGAUUUGAAAGUUAUUUUUCUAGAGGACAAGAGUGGUUGUAUCUUCACAGGAAACAUUUGGUCAUAAGAGGGAACAAUACAAACAAUUACGCAGAAGUAACCAUCAGAAUACUUAAGGACAUUAUUCUUCAUCGUACAAAAGGUUACAAUUGUGUAGCAUUAGUUGAUUUCAUUGCUUUUGUCUGGGAGGAGUAUUUUAAAUGCAAGUUAUUAGAUUUUGCCCAUGGAAGAAGAAACGAAAUAAAAAAUAAUUACUUAAAGUUAUGUUCAAAAGUAAAUGAUUUUAAACCGGAAGAUAUUGUAACUUUGGGAGAUGGAUUGUAUCAAAUUAGUAGUAGUUCUAAUAUCUUUUUAAAAUACAUUAUUGACGUGCUAAUUGGUGUAUGCAGUUGUCCUGCAGGCAUAAAUGGGUCAUUUUGUAAGCACCAAGCUUACCUACAUAAACAUUUAAAUAUUCCAUUUCUGAAUGCCCCUGCUAUUAAUUUUCAAGAAAGAGCAUCACUUGGGCGGCUAGCUCUUGGCGAGAAAUGCCCCGAAUCCAAAUGGUUUUUGGCCCUAAGUGAGUUUUCAGAAAAUGCAGAUAAUAUACAAGAUUGUGGUUAUCAAGAAAAUCAUCUGGAAACUAGAAUCGAUGCACCAUCUUCAUUAUUUGACGAGACAAUAAUGGAGAUUGAUGACACGAUGAAAGAUGACAACAAAAAGGAAGAUGUAAUUGAAGAAAUUAAAGAAGAAUGUAAAAAAUUUGAUAAAAUGCUUAAGGAAAUACCUUUAAAAGCAUUAGAAAGACUUGCAAACAAACUAAAAAGAAUACAAACUGCGCCGCAGCUAUAUUCUUUCAUAGACAGUAAAGUUUCUAGGGUCAAAAGCAACUCAAAAAUAAAAGUCCAGCCAACAACUGCUUCUCGAAGACGGCAUGGAGCCACUCGUGGAAGUUCAAGAAUCCCUUCAGGAAGACCACCUUGUGGCAAACGUGGUAGCCAAAGUGCUGUCAAAGGUAGUGGUAAAAGUAGUGGAAAACGAAAACAUAACAUAAGUUUAAAUAUAUCUUUAAAUCAACGAAACGCAAUUAUCCAUGGUCGCGUGCAUUAAAUACAUAAUAUGUACAAAAGUAAUAAAAAAUAUUGUUUAGAUUUUU